AUGAAACUAGAAUAUAAGUUCACCCCAGAAGACAUAAUCGCAGAAGGAAGAGUCACCAAGGACGACAUAGAAAUCAUCAGAACAUGGCUAUCGAAUUUGAAAGACGACUACGUUCCUGACAAUGUACAAGACGAGACCAUUGUCUUGAUUCUCUUGUCCUGCACUAAUGAUAUAGAGUUGACGAAGAAGACCAUACAAUGUUAUUAUAAGUUGAAGAAGAAUGGACCCGAAAUAUAUGAUGACAGGAAUUUGAAAAGGCCUGAUAUUCAAGUCGCACUGAAUACGAUACACAUGUCGAGCAUCCCUGUGCGAACCGAGCAAAAUGACGUUGUGCAUUUCUUCAAGGUCCAUGACACAAACUACAAUAAUUUUGACUUGGUUCCUAUAAUGAAAAUAUCCUACAUGCUUAUGGACAUAUCGCAAGAAAAAAACCCACCCAAUGGCAUUAUAGUUGUUAUCGACAUGAAAGGUUUAGGUUUGAUGCACAUGACCAAAAUGAAAAUCGGAGCAAUCAAAAAGUAUCUGACGUUCCUGCAAGAAGGGUUUCCCAUGAAAAUGAAAGAGAUUCACAUACUCAACACAGUUCACUUCAUCGACAGGCUGAUGUCACUCAUCAAAGUUUUCAUGAAGAGCGAGUUGAUGAGCAUGUUACAUUUCCAUCCUGCAAAUAUGGAGCAAGAGACAUUUUUCGAAUGGGUUCCAAAGAAGUGUCUGCCAAAAGAGUACGGUGGUGACCUUCCAUCCGAAAGAGACCUUCACGAUGUCACUAUGGAGCAAUUCAAGGCUAGGCAGGAAUUUUGGAACGCCGAAGAACAAAUUAGAAAACAAAAAUUUCAAUCAUGA